AUGCCGUGGUCUGAUCAGACCGGUCGCAUCAUGAAGAGGCCAGAGGAUUACUCCAAGAACCCAAACACCAUCCGAGCUCGAGCUCGCAAAGCCCGUCUCGAUCCCUUCACCCGUGAGAUCGAGCAGGCAAAAGCCUCCGACUCAAAGGCUGUUACUCGAGCCUGGAAACUUCGCAUCAAGACUGAUGAGUACAAGGAUGCUUCCCCCAAUGUCCGCAAAGCUAUGCUUGAGGAGACCGAGUCAGAGGUUAUGGAACGUCGCACCACAAGCAUCUGGAUUCACGAGAUAACUUGGCUGACCUUUUCUUCUUCUUUUUUCCCUAGUAAGAGUAGGGGAUAUGACGCCGACAGCAAGAUCGACCGAUUCCGUCGCAUCAACGGCGCUGCAGUUUCAGGUUCACCACCCAUCGCCGGUGCUCCCAUACUAAUGCAUCCUUACGGAGGCACCAUGACGCCUUUUCCGGGCUACAUGCAGCCUAUGGCUCAGAUGCAGCCGGCUCCGUUUACUGGCCAGGUAGGCACCCAGUUCGCCACCCCUGGUUCCUACUACGGUCAUGUCAUGCCGAGCAUCGAGGAUCCGCGAGCUGUGACUAAGGCUCCACACUCGCAGCAGAAUCUUCGUGACGGCACACCUCUGAGCGCUCAGUCCUCGUUCGACCAAUAUCCUCACAGUCCUCUCGAGCAGCACGACGAGGUCGACGCCGCUUCCGAUGCUGUCACCAAGGCUGGUCUCCAAGCAGAGGUCAAGAAGUUGAAGUUCCAGAACAAAAUGCUUGAUAAAGCCAUGAUCGGUUUGACGAAUGACUUAGUUCUGACCAAGAAUACCCUUCGUUCCCAGGAUCUUCGUAUGAAUCAGCUGGAGGAGCGCAUGCAGAUAUACCAUGGUACCACUAGUGGUCUCGCCGGUGCUGAGGCCGACUUCACUCGACAGGGUAACGCUGUCCGACGAUUCAUCAUGGGUGUUCAGCGCAUGACCGCAGUCGCAGCUGAAGUCUGGCCUACCUCUGGUAACGACAGUCUCAACAAGCUUGGUGCCAAUGGUGUCACGAAUGGAAUUUACCAAGAUGGUGUUCGCAAAGACAUGGAAGAAUCAAAGCCCGUCUUAGGUCUUUUCUACAAGCCCAACAGUGCCACAGUCGUGAAAAGCACCGCACAUCAAAACGGCAGCACCGGCGCCGCCAAGGAUGGUGGUGAGGUGGAGGACGCCGACAUGACCGACGCAGAGGGCGGCGGAGAUACCAACGGAAUCAUGGGCAAUGUUGAGAAGGCUGUUGGUGAUUGUGCCACUAAUGAUUGA